AAAACCUGUAAAUGUUCAUGGGACUCCUCUCCUCGCAGCAGCCCGACCUGGAAUCUGAUAUCCUGGCUUGCCUGGCAGACGAGCAGGACUGACGUGGGGCAUCCCUGCCGGCCCGCCGCUCACACGUGCUAGUCCCAAACUAGCAAGGCCGAGCCAUCAAUUGCGCCUGCCGGCCGAGCAAACUUUCUCCACGAAAUUCUCGAGGCUCAAAAUUUACUGCACCAGCUCAGCCGACCACAGCUUCAAUCCACCACUCAGUCGGACGGCAGCCCACCGCAAAUUCGCCCAGGACUCGGCCAGAAGAUUUGUGACGUCAGAGACAAUCACAAGUACACAUCAGCAUGUCGUUCAGAGGAGCUCCCCGCGGUCGCGGCGGGUUUGGUGGUGGCCGGGGCGGUGGCCGAGGUGGCUUCCAGCAACGCGAUUUCGGCCCACCAUCCGAGGUGCAGGAGAUGGGCAAGUUCCUCCACGCCUGCGAGGGCGAGAUGGUCUGCGAGAGCAUCAACCCACGAGUACCCCAGUUCAACGCCAUCAUGUACCUCGAGAACAAGACCUCCGUCGGUAAGAUCGACGAGGUGCUCGGCCCCAUCAACCAGCUCUUCUUCACGAUAAAGCCCUCCGAGGGCAUCCAGGCCGCCAGCUUCAAGCCCGGCGACAAGUUCUACAUUGACGGCAUGAAGACCCUGGCCAUGGACCGCUUCCUGCCCAAGCCCAAGCCAUUGGCCGGCCUGCCAAAGGUCAAGAAGCCCAGCCGCGGCGGCGCUGGCGGGCGUGGGGGCGCAAGAGGAAGGGGAGGCUUCGGCGGCCGUGGCGGCUUCGGCGACCGCGGCGGCCGUGGAGGCUCAAGGGGCGGCAGCUUCGGCGGACGGGGCGGUGGCCGUGGCGGUGGUGGGUUCGGCGGGCGGGGCAACUCUGGCUCGGGCGGUUUCUCACGGGGCGGCGGCCGCGGUAGGGGUGGCUUCAGCAGGGGACGGGGCUAGACGGCGAAACCCUUCCCGUUGCGCAUUUCUCAGUUUUAUUUUCGCAGGUGGGAUGUCCAAAAUCUCCCACGGCUGGGCACAUUCUCGGCGUUCGGGAAAAGGGAAAGGGGGUUCUGUGUUAUCUGAAAGAUUUAAAGCCAAAACAGCCGGGUCGUCCUAUGCCCUGGUGAUAUUCAACCCAACCUCUCCGAACCUCGGGAACCGUGAAGGCUGGCUAGUCGGCUUACGGCAGAACGAAGGACGCACCAGACCACCAUACGCCGAUGCUUUCGCUGAUCUACGGCCUGGAGGUGAUACGAGACUUUUGCUUGGAAAGAUGGUUGCAUCAAGGCCACACGGGUGACAGGCGUUGCUCCUGGGACGACGUGGGUGGCGUCAGACCACUGAAAGAGGGUGAAGAAACCGGCAAUGGGUACAGCCAGUAAGCGCCUGUACGAUAGCUCUGCUCAAGGGACCGAGCUCCAGGGGAGCAGUUGAGGGUGCCAUCUCCACGGACUCAAUAUGACCACUUGGGGGUUGUACCUCGACACUACUCCCCCAGCAAUCUAUGGGACUGAACUCGCUCGCUGCAUUGUAUGACCGACCGCCUGCCGAGUUGCUCAAGCGCGUAAGCUGGUUGUGACUUGAAAACAACAAAAGACAAUGGCUCGCUCUCACAGAAACUGUAUUUCCAAACACAUUAUAUUUUAUUCAAUGUCUAUUAACUGGCACCUUCACGGUGGCAAGACAUACGCUAAUUAUGUUGCUCAAUGCUAUGUAGACACAAUGCGUGUGAAUUAGUACUACUGAGUUCCCUUCGCGCCCCUGUGAUUAGAUGUGGUUUUUUCUGUCAAAACCGUCGGCUUCGGUUGUCUGGUGCCUAGCCAGCCUUCGCCAACGUAUUUGCUGCCUGCUUCGCCUGGAUUCUGGACCGCAGCGCAAAGACUGCAGCAAGCAAAAUGCCCAGCCCGCCCAGGCCCAGGCCGAGAUGCUGGGCUCCCCGAAAGCCAGCCAGCACAUCGCCCCGUUCUCCGCGGGCCGCCAGCUCGACAGAGCCAGCAAUGCCCAAGGCCAACGAGAUGCUGUAAUUCACCGUCGUCACCACGAGGCUAGCGGCAGUGCCCUGGUGUUCCUUUGCCAUGCUGUUGCUCAGGAGGAUCGACGCGGCGG